AUGGAACUUGUGAAAAACGGAGCAUGUACUUUGUACCUUGGGUACGCGUCUCGAUGCAGGUGCGAUUCGCCUCCACGUCGCUGCGCUUCUUCCCUGAUAAUAUUUCCAUCCACACGGGAGCACUACUGCCUACAAGCCCCCGGUCGACCUCGCCUCUUCAGACGAACCGCUCUACCUCCUGCAGCACAUCUCGAACCCCCUUGUCCUUUCGGCUUCUCGUCUUCACUCCUCACCAUUGAUCCCGGCAUGUUUCAAAUGCAUUUCCCCUUUGGGACGUUUAUGACUGGGCUGAUUUCAUCCGAAUUUUGCCCUGGCAUACGGAUACAUCAUACUACAUACAUCAUGUCAAACCCGCAGAGGUGCACAACGCAAAACGGCGCCAAGUUCCAAUGCCCGGCAAAGCUCCGUCCACGCACUCGCUCGCAAAAGAGCAUGGGGCCCCAUACGAAUGAAGCCGAGCACCAGGGUCCCGCUGCCGAGUGGGCAAUAUUGAAAUGUCUGCUCUUCUCCGACGGGACAAACGCACCAGUUCCAGCGCUCAAGGGACAAAUAUCAAACUCUCCAAAUCGGUCCAUCGCGAAAGCAAGUACGAACACUCUGUGCACUACUCUGUCUGUACCUUACGAGUACGAAGACAGCUUGCCAACAUCGUCCACGCCAUCGUUGUCCACCCUCCUCCUCGCGCCUUGCUGGAUGCGAACCCUAUCACCGGGUCGUUCACUGAUUACACAUUACUUGUAUGAACGCGAAAGUCGAGAUACUCCACCAACCCCUAUUCGGGCUCUAUCCGCCGGGCCGCCUUCUUCGACAGACUGGAGCCGCCAGCAACGGCCCUUCGGCGAGACUGGCUCAGCUCCCGCAAGGCCCGGCGCGUCUUGUACGGCACGCUGGCUUGAGAAGCCCAACCACCUUGGGGACAGCUUAUGUCUGGGCACAAAAACGAGCCUGGAGGAUCCGAAUCGAGAGGGGCCAAAUUCUGACCGCGGCGGGCUCGGCGAGCACUCAAUCAGAGAGGCCAUGUUUGAUGAGCCUCCGCAGCUGUUGGUGCCUCGACAAGCUCGUGCCUCUGAGAUCCGUCCAACCGCUGUCAGCACAUCAAAUGAUCUUUUGACGAUCCUCCCUUGCCGAGACCUUGACUGCUGCGUCGGAGCCGGCUUCUGCAACUCUGCUUGCUUGAUGGCGCCAGAGACCCGGAAUGCCUCUGUUGGGCCCCGGCUUCCGUGGUUCGUGUCUCUCUCCAGUUACCCGCUUGUUUCCAUCCAUCCACGCUGUUCUGAGCCCGAUAAGAAGCCGACCGAGUGUCUCUCAAGUUGUCCCAUUCUCCGUGCUAUCCUCGUGCGUUUUUCUGCUCCGUCACUGUCGAUGACUCUCGUCACUACCUGGCGGUCUCGGACGCACUCACCCACUUACGAUGAACUACUUGCAUACUACUACGAUACGCAUUUCUCCUCACCACAGAAAGACUAA